AGACAUAUGGAAAAUCUCCCACCACGAUUAGAUUUGUACGCUGUGCUGCAGAGAAAUGUACUAUCUCAAUAGAAUUACAUCAAAGAACGACAAAGAAAGUAGUUACAUCCUGGAUACUGGACGCAGAAUGGAGAACUUUCUCGAGGAAAAUAACGACAUUACGGCGUUAUCAGAUACUGACCUGGAUGGGGCUGAUGACAAUGGGAGUCCAACAAAGGAAUCCACCAGCCCAACUGAGGGGGCACCGUCAAAUCAAGACUCCGUCAUUCCCUUGGCGGACGACAAUCUCCUGGUGGAUAUUUCGGAUGCCCUCAGUGAGAAGGAUCGCGUGAAGUUUACAGUUCACACGAGGACUUCCUUGCCAGGAUAUGCCAAAUCAGAUUUUUGUGUAGUGCGACAGCAUGAGGAGUUUGUGUGGCUGCACGAUCGUUUCGAAGAGAAUGAGGAAUAUGCGGGAUAUAUUAUUCCUCCGUGUCCGCCUCGUCCGGACUUUGAUGCAUCACGAGAGAAGUUGCAACGCCUGGGCGAGGGUGAGGGCAACAUGACCAAGGAGGAGUUUAAGAAGAUGAAACAGGAACUGGAGGCGGAGUAUUUGGCCACAUUCAAAAAGACUGUCGCGAUGCACGAAGUGUUCCUCACGCGCCUCACGAGCCACUCUGUGUUUCGCAAGGACCAACAUCUCAAGGUAUUCCUCGAGUAUGACCAGGAUCUCUGUGCAAAGCCGCGCAAGAAGAUGGACCUCCUGGGUGGACUCGUGCGGAGCCUCGGGAAGACCACGGAUGAGCUGUAUCUCGGUGCUACGGUGCGCGAUGUGAAUGACUUCUUCGAGAAGGAGCUGCAAUUCCUCACGGACUACCACACGCAGCUCAAGGAGGCAGCCGUGCGAACGGAGAAGAUGACAAAGAAGCAUAAGGAAGUAGCUGACUCUCACAUUCGUAUCUCCUCGUCCCUCGUGGAGCUCUCAACUGCCGAAACAGGGAGCAUGGAGAAGUUCCUGGCCAAGGUUGCAGAAGUCUUUGAGAAAAUUCGCAACAUGGAAGGCCGCGUAUCAAGCGAUCAAGAUCUUAAAUUAGGCGACACUCUUCGGUACUACCAGCGUGAUAGUCACGCAGCCAAAGCUCUCCUCAUACGUCGCCUUCGGUGCUUGGCUGCGUAUGAGGCUGCCAAUAGGAACCUCGAACGCGCCCGUGCUAAAAACAAAGAUGUACACGCGGCGGAAAAUGCUCAGACGCAGGCAUGUCAGAAGUUUGAGACAAUGUCUGCACAUGGAAAGCAGGAGCUUGUAGGUUUCAGGACACGCAGGGUGGCAGCCUUCAAGAAGAGUCUCAUCGAAAUGGCUGAACUGGAGGGAAAACAUGCCAAGACACAGUAUGAAUUCCUCCGUCAGAGUCUCCUCUCGCUCAAGGAUGCCUGAGAGCAGCAUAUUGGACAAAUACCCUUUUAUCCAUUUACUUUGUUAAAUUUUGUUUUUCUCAGAGAGAAAAAAAUUUCCUUGCGAAUUUUUCGGGCGGAUUUGUGUUAUUCCUCUGUUCCAUCCCUAUUUUUGCAUUUACUGCAUUCAAAAAAGAUAUCAUUAAAUGAAUUCCAUUCACGUAUGAAUUGAGAGAAUUAAUGUAUUUUGAAUAUAAUAUUCGUACGCAUUAUAUUUGGAAAAAUAUAUAUUAUCUAUACAAUAAAAAAAAUAUUUGUACAUGGAA